GGCUGGGGGCCAUCCUCAGUCCCAGCCCUCAGCCAUGGGGCCUCUGCUCCCCUUCUUACUGCUGACUUUUAACCCCGCUGUCCCUGGGGGAGCUGGCAGAAGUGUACAGGGGCGCAGGGCUCAAAGGGACGGCUCUGUUCCCACACCCCAGGGGACCCCGGAGUCCUUCGGGGUGCUCCUGAACCCUGAAUUCAUCGCUGUGCCCCCAGGAAGUUCAGUGUGGUUCAACUGUAGCAGCAACUGCCCCCUGCCAGAGGGGUUCAAGCUCCACACCCCUCUGAAGCGGGGCCAAAGUCUGAGCGGGCCAGGCUGGGUGGCCUUCCAGUUGGUGGACGUGAGGGUCUGGAGCUCCGACGCGCACUGCUUCGUCACCUGCGGGGGAGCCACACGCUGGGCCACAGCCAGGAUUAACACUUACAAAAGGCCCCGCAGAGUCACCCUGGAUCCCCCAGUCCUGGAGGACGGCAAGUACAAGCUUCGCUGUCACAUCACCCACGUGUUUCCGGUGGGCUUCCUGGUGGUGGCGCUGCGGCUAGGUGGCCGAAUGCUGUACUCCGAGAGCCUGGAGCGCUUCACCGGCGUGAAUCUGGCCAACGUGACCCUGACUCAUGUGCUCCACACGCCACCCCGCGACCUCCCGCUCCCUGUCACCUGCCACGCACGCCUGACCCUGGACGACCUGGUGGUCCGUGCCACCUCGGCGCCCAUAACGCUGCCACCCUUCCCUGGGGCGACUGAGCAGGACUGGCACCCCGCUUCCAAACUCGUGGCCUCCAGCUCCCUCGCAUGCCUGGCAGGGAUCCUCCUCUUCGUCGGGGGGGUCUAUGUGUGUAGGUGCCUGCGGAUGCAGCCCACGGUGUAGGGGGGGGCAGCUCCAAGUUGGAACAAAUGGGGUUGUGUCCCCCUCCAGAAAAAAAAAAAGCGGAUUAAUAAAGCCUCCAGCAGCUCGCUCCGUCGGAAGAGCUUC